AUGCAAUUCUUCCAUAAAAAUAAAUCGCAGGCGUUACUAGUGGUGCCAUCAGCCUUCUCCCACCCCCCAUUCCCCUCCAAAAUCCCGCUGGCAAAUUGCUCAACCCACAACAGUGGCCCUCUCCAAUACAACCGCUAUUCGUAUGUCGACAACGACGACUACGACUACGCUUACAAUCAACCCGACCAAACCUCUCAUCCUGCCUACGCGUACCAGCAUCAACCACCGCCGACUAACGACAAUCCGAUCCCUGGACUCGCGGUUACGUCCUACUCAUCCUUAGUCCCUGAGUCCACUUCUCAAAACUUCUCAAGGCGCCCAACGCUAAAUCUAGUUCCAAGUGCCCCGACAGGCCCUGACUCCCAUUCCAACUCUGCCAACCCCGACGCGAGUUCGCCCGAAUUGUCUUGGACUCCUCAAAGCCUCGAGUCUUCCCAUCAGCUUGAAUCCCAACCACGCAAGUCAAGGCGGAGCAUUUUUGGGUUUCCAUCAUCCAAGGACUCGACGAGCACCGCGUCUAAGGUUCUGGGCCGGAAUCUCUCGGUGCGGAAAAAAGCUGCUGCGCAGGCUGCUCCGCCAAAGCAAGACCCUGCUGGACAUAUCGCCGAGCCAACUCUGGAAACCUCUGAGGAACACCCCGCGGACUCAUAUAUGCCGCUAUCCAAGAGAUAUCUGCAGUCGAACCAGCAGCAUUUCUCCUACCCCUCAAAGACUGCCAACCGAUCAUCUUCACAUAUUGACUCACAGACAUUCGAUCACAAUCUAGAGAAUCGCGCUGUUCAGCGAGUUAAUACUGAUCCCCUGUCCAGUGAAGAGUCUUUUUACCAGCAAAGCCAGUCUAGUGACUCAUUCCAGCGAAAACAUUUCCCAGAAGUUCAGCAGCCCACAUCUCGCAAUCCCCAGUUCCAAAUUAGCUAUCCUACGCGACGUGACUCCGUUGCUGGCUAUCCGGAUCAAACUUCCCAACCACCGCUAUAUUCUCCUCAGGCGGAACCGCACUCGACCGCCCGACCGCCAUCACAACAGUCCGUGGUGCCGCCCCCAUCACCACUUCACCAGCACUACCAAACCUCAGACCAAGGCCAGCAGACACCACCAGCUUUUCGACAGACACUUCAACCAACCGCAGCUCCGUCACAGAGUCAGGGAAGUAUGUCAGCACCGGAAAAACAGACGGGGCACCGCCAACCUGCGGAUAAUUCAUCUCAUCAUGGUCAGGGUCGAGAAGGUCUGGGCAGCGGCCAGUCUCAAUACCCCGCGAAUCUAUCUCAAGGCGGGAGCUUCAAGGGCAAUCAUUCACAACAAAGCCUAGCAGACCCGGAGAGAGAAACCCCACCCCCACCACCUCAUACUAAAUCCCGCGAAGAGUUUUCAGAUGCCGAAGUCCGGGUAUUGAUGCAAAAACACGAGGAACUCCAAGCCAAAUAUCUGAAGGUAAAAAAGUAUUAUUUCGAGAAGGAUGCUCAGGUUCAGUUACUUCAGAAUACUGUCGCGCAUCAACGAAUGUCAACCUCGCGCACAGUCCUGGAUGAUAGUGAAUAUACGACCCGCUUCAAUCGGCUGGAUGGUGCAAUAAACAAUCUUGCAUUCAACAUUCGCAAGGAGUGGAGAAGCAUCCCCGUUUGGUUGCAAGGCGUCGUCAAUGAGGAUGCAGCCGCCGUUGGUACCAAGGAAAUGACAGCUGUCGGACGAGCAUGCCUCAGUCGAUGGUUGGUAGAUGAAAUCUUCGACCGGCAUUUUCACCCCGGCCUUGAGCCCAACUUAAGCCGCCAUCUGAAAAUGAUCGAGCGGAACGUGCGGCGCGGAGCCAAGGUGGCCUCGGACGAAGAUAGGGAAAACCAUCUUGCCAAACUCUCCGCGUGGCGCAGGACCACGUUGGAUGGGUUAGGCGAGAUACUGCAGAACCGGGCCGCGGAAGAUAAUCGAUUGCAUACCACCAAAAAUCUCGUUGAGAAUCUCACGGCAUGCUUGGAGAUGCAUCUGCGAAUGCCACCACCUGCGGGCCUAGAGAAUAGUGUUUCCAUGAUCGUCGAACUUGCCAUUGGCAUCUGUGCAAACAUCCCCUUUGAAUCGAGGGAGAUAGCAAUAGAAUAUUUCCUCCCCGGCUCACCUAUAUCAAACGUCUACAUGAAACUGGAAACACCGCUCCUGCCACUCACUACCCCCUUGGGCGACACCCGCGGUGUUGGUGUUUCUGAACCCCAGUCUGCUACCGAUCGAAUAGAUCAGGGCCCAGCAGGAGACAAGGGUGCCGAGCCCAGCCUUCAGUCGGAGAGUGCCAUGCUGGAUGUGGAUAGGGAGAAUUUAAAAGACUCCUCGUCUUCCUCUACGACGCACUCUGGACACACGCCUCUGACUUCCAUACAGCCCAAGGAGCCUAGGAAAAAAUCAGUGUUUGGGUCAUUGAUGAGCAAAAAGCCGCAUUCUGGUCCAUCAAGUGUGCCUCAGGGUCAGCCUGAGCAUCCGCGAUCUGCCUCCUCGCUCUUGCGGGACCGGGAUCGAGACCGCGAUGAGGUUGAGUAUAGAGAGGGUGAUAACGGUAAUAGCGGUAAUAACGGUAGUAGCAAUGCUGCCGCAACUGCCACGACGACGAGCAACAAUAACAACAUCAGUAAUAAUAGUAGUGGCCGCAUCAGGUUUGCUGCUUUCGUUGCUGUUGAGGUCCGAAGCAAAGGCGCGAGUAAUGUUAUUGUCCGUGCGCCGGUUUAUGAAUUUCCCUAA